UCAAACGAAACCAAACCAAUCAAAUGAAAAAGAGAAAAGUUAUUGAAAGGUUGAUGUUCUAGUUUUGUUGUUUGUUGCUAUUGACUUGAAUUGCAGUGUUACGAUUUAGUUCCAAAUCCGUAUAAUUAAUAAAUUCGGGCCGAUGUGUGCUGAAUCAUUUGAGAAUUCUCAGAAUGGGGUUUGAAAUAAAAAGGUUUCAAGGUGACGUUGAUGAGGAGCUGAUUUGUCCUAUUUGCUCGGGGGUUCUCGAGGAUCCUUUGCAGGCACCAGCCUGCGAGCACGCCUUUUGUCGCGCGUGUAUCACAGAGUGGAUCAGCCGUCAGCCGACUUGCCCGGUGGACCGCCAGGCGGUCACAGCAAGUCAGUUGCGACCAGUUCCGCGGAUACUACGUAACCUGCUGUCCAGGUUGUGCACAAGUUGCGACAAUGCCCCUCAUGGUUGCAACUCUGUGCUAAAGCUGGACUCCUUGGCAUCCCACUUAGUUGAAUGUGAAUAUAACCCUAAACGACCAAUGCCAUGCGAGGCCGGCUGCGGCCUCGUGAUACCGAAGGACGAGCUGCAGGAGCACAACUGCGUGCGGGAGCUGCGAGCACUCAUCGCCACGCAGCAGGGCAAGCUCACAGACUUUCAGCAGGAGUUGGCGGAGCAAAGACUGGUCAUCAAUGAACAUAAGAGGGAACUCGCGCUUUUGAAGGAGUUCAUGCGCGCGAUGCGCGUGUCGAACCCGGCGAUGCGGGUGCUGGCGGACCAGAUGGAGCAGGAGGAGGUGCUGCGCUGGGCCAACUCGCUGGCGCGAGCGCGCGUCACGCGCUGGGGCGGCAUGAUCUCCACGCCCGACGACGUGCUGCAGGUAAUGAUGAUAAAGCGCAGCCUGUCGGAGUCGGGGUGCCCGCCGCACAUCAUCGACGAGCUCAUGGAGAACUGCCACGAGCGCCGCUGGCCGCCCGGCCUGUCCUCGCUGGAGACCCGGCAGAACAAUAGAAGAUUAUACGAGAAAUACGUGUGCAAGCGUGUGCCCGGCAAGCAGGCCGUGCUGGUGCUGCAGUGCGACAACACGCACGUCGACGAGCACAUGAUGAUCGAGCCCGGCCUCGUCAUGAUCUUCGCGCACGGCAUAGAGUAGCACGCUAGCACGGCACGUGACGCGAAGCUCAAGCCAAUGUCGAUGGCACACUUAGGCUCUAUGAGGUUUGAUAUUCAAAUACGCCCUCUAUUAUAAGUGCGAUCUACGAUGCGGCCCACUGUGUUUGUGUCCGUGCUAGUGACGACGUACGGGAAGAUAGUGGGGCGCGUCUUUGUAGAUGUUACUAUCUAUGUAUAGGGUGACUGCUAUAGUAAUUGGCCUCUCUUAACAAAUCAGAAAGAAACAAUGCAAUAAAAGUCUUGUAGUGGCCAAUAACUAUAGCAGUCACCCUUUACGGUACUAAUGAGGCUGAUUCGUGUGACCUUUUUCUUUAACGACAUGUAAAAUAAAGUGUGACAUUCCACGACGACAGGUACCUUACGGCGGUCGGCGCUUACGCCAUUAUUAGCGACGUCUCAAUACUAAAUGCAGUACUACGCAACGUAAGCGCCGACCGUCUUAAGGUACCUUUCGUCGUGGAACGCCACAAAUUAUCUCAAAAAGGGUAGAUGGAAAUUAAGUUGUGUGGACUCCCGGCCAUUGAUAUACCGUGUUUUUCCCACUAUAGAGAGUGCGUGAUCCAAUGUGGAAAGAGCAGUGUUCGCAGUCACCUAGUAAGGUUUGCGGACUUUGGGCCUUUGUUAUAAUUAUAACCGAAUCGUUCUCAUUACUCGAGUGCGAUACGCGCUCCAACUAUGCUGCGAGCAUAACAGGCAAAACUAGUAAUGUUUCGAUGAUCAAGUAGCCUCCCACCAGUUCUAGAGGUAUUUUAAACUCCUCGGUCGAAAUAAUUGACUUUAUAACACAGAACAAUAAGAGCAACCAUUUCUGAGUUUUAAAAUAAUACCACAUAAUCUGACUGAGUGUGAAAUCAUCCAAACAAGAAUAGAGUAUAUAAAAAGUUUGGGCAUUUUCACGAGGGUUACAUUCUGCUUUUGAAGUAGAAAAAAGUAAAUUAAUAUAAUAUCCCGCGCAAAAUGUCUUUGGUUCUCAAAAUUUCGAACUAAAAUCUCACAUAAAAUCUUUUCAGGUUUGGUGAUGAGUGGAUGUAAGAAAUUUUGUGUUAAAAUAAAACAAUGUUUUAACUAGCACAGAGUUUAUAUGAUUUUUAACGCUGAUAACUGAUUAGUAUAGCCAAUGAUUGUAAUAUUUACAAAAGUUGCAAAGUAUUGUUUUUAAGUGAGAAAAUUUUAAUUAAGAGUGGUAACAUUCCUAAAUUAAUUUGUAUUUUAUUUUAUGAGUUGCCUUAUGUUUUUGAUAUACAAUUGCCAGUUAAAUAUUAUUUGAAUAAGGAUUUUUACAAAUAUCAGUGAUUGUGUGCUGUGUUAUGUUUAUUAUAGUGCGUAAUGCUUGUAAUACUGCAGGGCUAUAAAUAUAAUUAGCCGGGUCCACAGAGCGAGCAUACGCGCUAGGUAAUUUCCUCGCGCACAAUACGGCCAGUGUAGACAUGUCUCGGCCGACACAGCGCGCGCGAGGCACGUCUACACUGGCCGUUUUGUGCGCGAGGAAAUUGCUUUGCGCGUAUGAUCGCUCUGUGUGGACCCGGCUAUUUUACUCAGAAUUAUAUUUAUGAUCAUGCAUUCUUUUUGUUUUCCACAAAAUCACUUGGAAGUAUGAAGUUUUUAUUUUUGUCCAUAAUAUUGUUUUCGUAUUUUGGAUUGAAUCGGCAACAAAUUAGAAUCAUAAUUUUCAUAAAAUUGUUAGGUUAAUGAGUUUAGCAUUAAAUAUAAUCGAUUAAUUUUUAGA